AUGGAACCCUGCAACACCACCAACCAUUCCACCGACAUAACAAAACGACAUCUGAACCGAGCCAUGGCCAUCCGCAAGCGAGCAGCAUCGGAUCAGUCGCCGUCUCCUCUCAGGUCACAAUUUACGUCCGCCUCUGCCAAAACCCAGCCGACGACCACGAGACGGGCGCAGUCGAUGGUCCCCGAGCAAGAAGACACCGCACAAAGCACCAGAUACCUUUCAAAGCCCCUCUGGACUCACAAGCGCCAAGAUCCCAGCCAGUGCAGGAUGCAGACCCGGGCAGUCAAGACGCUGCGCACCGGGUCGCCGCCGAGACAGGACCGGGUCGCCAAAAGGGAGCCGCUGAGGCCCGGCAGGAUCCCCGAGUCGCUGCGGAUCGGGCGGGAGAAUCCCAUGUUCAAUCUCAAGGUGGCGCGGUCGCCGUUGAGGAUACCGCACUCCAUCGUGCUGGCCGACGACUCGGCUUCCUUUGUGAGGUUACUCUGGGCAAGGUCGCCGCUUGAGGCGUUUCCGGGGAUUUCAGGGCGGUUAGGGAUAGCCGAGAGGUGCUGA